AUGGAAGCACCUUUGAAAACCACUCUUGACGACAAGCUCGUGAAGUUUGCCCACGAAAACCUCAACCACGUACCGCAAUCACACGAGUACGAUAAAAUGAUCUCGUCCGUGCCGUACAAUUGCUUUGACAAGGAGCUCUGGAUGCGCCGCAAUUUGGCCCACGAAAUGGCACUUGAUUACGGGAAUAUCCGAAUGGCCGAUCACGAGUUCAGCUUCGAGAAACACCAGGCGGCACGCGUGGAGCAUCUCGGCAAAAUCUUCGGCAACAUCCAACCCGACUUUUUCAUCGAGCCACCGUUCUUUGUGGACUACGGGUUCAACGUGAAGAUCGGCAAGCGCUUCUAUGGGAAUUUCAAUAUCACCUUCUUGGACUGUACUCUCAUCGUCAUUGGCGACAACGUCAUGGUCGGUCCCAACUGCUGUUUUACCACCGCCACGCAUCCGACAGAUCCAACUCAGAGAUUGGCCGGGGUCGAAUAUGCCAAGCCGAUUUAUAUAGGAAACAAUGUCUGGGUAGGUGCUGGAGUGAAUGUGAUGCCAGGUGUCACGAUUGGAGACGGCGCUGUCAUUGGGGCUGGCGCUGUCGUGACGAGAGACGUGCCUGCAAAUACGGUCGUCGUAGGUGUUCCAGCAAAAGUAGUGAAGCAUAUGACUCCUUCCGAGGCCAAGCAAGACAUGGGAGGGGAAGAUUAG